UGUGUGGGAGAGAGCGAGAAUGCUGUCCAUAUGACCACUGGAUUUCCUUUCUCAGUCAAGAUGCCUGCAGCAAUGCGCCUCACUGUCUUGACAUUGGUGUUUCUGGUUGCAGCUUGUCAUGCCACCACCACUUCCUCUGGAGCCACACAGACAACACUGACACCGACGAGGCCAACGCAGCUCACCAGCUCUCAUGGAACAAAGGAAGCUACCUCAGUGUCAUCCACAACAAAAACCAACACGCCGACAAUGACUGUCACUUCUGCCAUCACUAAUGAAAGCACAUCCUCAUCACCGCUGUCCUCCACUUCUCUCCACACGUCCUGGGCCAGCACUUCCGCUCACACUGAAAAACCGAGCACGGCAGGAACAAACCAGACCUCCGACUGGACGACUUCCCAUGGAUCAACUUUCACGUCCACUCCAGGAACACCUGGUGUUAACGUCACCACCACCAGGAACAGCACUGCCACAGCUCCCCUACAUGACAAGGAUAAAGAGCUGAUGUCGAACCCGGGCCUCGUGGCCAUCCUGUGCAUUUUCUGCAUUGUUGUGGCUCUUGUGCUGGUGGUGGCCAUCAUAAAAUGUGUCCAAUUACGGAGGUCCAACUUUGAGCGGCUUGAAGACGAUGUGCCAAUGGGCAAAGUGAAUGAAGAGUCUCCAUUUGCUCAGUACUCCAGGUAACACUGAAGAACUCAUCAAACACCAAGAUCAAUGUCCAGGAGGAAUCACAGCGGUUCAUCUCCUUUGGUUUUGUGAGAAGAACUCUCUGAACAAGCUACAGAGAAACCUCACAUAUGGCAGCAGUGCCUCCAACUUGUAAUAGACAAGAAAAAGACAGGUUUUGUCUUCCUGACGCUUAUUUCUUUAUGUAGCACUUUUCUAUCAUCUAUGAUCAUUUUGGGGUCACGGGGAUAUUUCUGCCUCAGGGUGCUAUAGCUCUGCUGCUAGAUACUACACUCUUGGUAAGAGCAUUGGCGUAAUACCUAAAACAUAAAAAGUUAAUGUUCCACAAUUGGCUAGGCAUAUCCUUAUAAGCACUUUAGAAUUGAAAGUUGAAUAUAUUUGUAAAUUUAUGUCAUUAGCAAUGCAAGGGAAUAAAAUUAAUUUUAAAAUUAAAAUUAUGUUUCAAAUAAAUGUGAUCU